CUCACCUUCACUCUACAAGUUUAUUCUAGGAGCUAUAAUGUCUAUAAUCAAGACCGAGACCGACACUGCUCUCGACGAGACCCUCACUGUGCAGAAUUCGGGUGCCAUGCCAGCCGUGGCAGAUAUCAAUGAGCAGCCUAUUUCCGAGAAAGCGCUUGAGGCUGGCGCAGGGGCAGAAGCACCCUCCAAUGGAGUAACUAGCAACGGCCCUGGAGCUGGUGAUGAGGCGGAAAAUGCCGAUUUGGCGUCGUAUACGCUUUCCAAGAGACAACAAAUUGGCUCUCUUGUAAGCAUGUGUAUGCUUACAUUCAUUGCUUCAUUGGAUGCAACUAUCAUGGCCAGCAUUUACGUGCCGAUUGCGAGUGAUUUCGGUGCGCUGGGCCAGGCUGUCUGGAUUCUCACCACGUACAUGCUAUCGUCGACGAUUGUACAGGCGAUUAUCGGCAAAAUCAGCGACAUUCUUGGCCGCGUUGAGACCACUCAAGCUAGCAUCAUAAUGUUUAUACUUGGCUCCAUUCUCUGCGGGGCAUCGCAGUCGAUGAACAUGCUCAUCGCCAGCCGCACAAUCCAAGGAGUCGGUGGCGGAGGGAUACUGGGACUGACAGUGGUUCUGUUGGGUGAUAUUUUCAGCGAGCGCGAACGUGGAAAAUACAUGGGUGCGCUUUCAUCAGUGUUUGGGCUUGCCGUCGUAAUCGGACCGGUGAUGGGUGGCGGCAUCGUCGAGCACGCUUCAUGGCGAAUCGUGUUCUGGAUCAAUAUUCCGAUAUGCGUCAUUGCAAUGGCCCUGAUCUUCUUCACGCUCAAGCUGCCAAAGACCAAGGGAACGCUCAGGGAGAAGGUCCAGCGUGUUGACUUUAUUGGCUGCGCGCUAUUUACCAUUGGAAUGGUUCCUAUUUUGCUCGGGCUUUCCUGGGGUGGCCAACAGUACGAGUGGACAUCGGCGCAGGUCCUGGCGUGUCUCAUUUGCGGAUUUGUCGUACUGCUUGUGUUUGGAUACGUCGAGUACCAUUAUGCUGUCGAGCCGAUUGUCCCUGUCCGUCUCUUCCGAAGCCUCAAUGUCCUUGCGGCACUAGUAGCAGCCCUUACCUUGGGUGCAAACUUAUUUGGAACGUCGAAUAUCAUUCCUAUCUGGGAACUCGCGAUCAAGCAUGCGUCAACUAUGUCGGGUGGAUUGCAUCUCCUCCCUAUUGCACUAGGGAUUGUAUUUGCUUCGCCUCUGUGCGGCAUCUAUAUGGCCAGGUCAGGUCGAUUCCUCCUACCGAUCCGUUUUGGAGCAAUCCUUACUGUGACUGGCCUGUCUUUGCUUCUGCGGUACAAAGUGGGCACUGGCUUUGGGGAAAGGAUUGGAUAUCUGUUUUUAUCUGGUCUUGGCUUUGGUUUCAUAUCUCAGCCAGCCAUGGUUGUCUGUCAAGCUAGCGUUGCUGGCAAGCAUAUGGCUUCAGUGACAACAUCAUUUUCCUUUUUGCGGACUCUGGGUGGGAUCCUCGCUACCAGCAUUAUGAAUUCGAUUCUGAACAGCCGCAUCAAGACAGGUAUCACCGGCUUGGUGAACGAGUUCCCUUCGCAUGCGUCAGAUAUAGCCUCUACUCUCGCCGACCAGCGCAACAUAUACAGCGAUAUUAUUCCUCAAGACAUUCAGUCAAGAAUCAUCCAUCUUUGGGCUGACAGCAUGCACAGUGCGUUUUACGUAUUUGUUGCUAUCGGCGGGAUCGCCUUCGUAUCCUGCUUUGCGAUUAGGCAUGUUGAACUUGGCAAGGAGCGCAAGAAAACAAUUGAGUAACCAGUCAAAUAGUAACAAUCGCUUUUUGCGCAGUAAAACGAUUUCUUACAAAAGGCAAC